UACGAAUCAGCUGAGUUUGUUUUCAAAUUUUUGUCCUGUUGUUAUGAUGAAAAUGAAAAAGAAACAGGAUUCCUUUUUGCAAACUCCCAAUGAUCAGUUAACACAAAAUGAAAUAAUGAUCAAUGAAUGCAUUUUAAAUUGUUCCAAUAAGCAUGAUUCAAUAUUUCAAUGGUUAUGUGAAUGUAUUGCUUACAGUAGAAUGGUGUAUGAAAUCAAUGAUUGGCAUCAUGCACAAUAUCAAUGUUGUCUUGGUUAUUUUUAUAUUAAUUACAAAGGUGAAAAAUAUUCAUUACAAGCUGAAAAUCAUGCAGAAAAUUCCAUGAAAUUAAUAUCAUAUAGUUUAAAUUCUACUAGACAACAAAUCAAUUCGCCGAUUUCGGACGAUUGUCCUCCUAAUCUAAUUAUUCUUUGUGUAAUUUUAUUGAAUUAUUAUACAUUAGCAAAAUCAAGUAUAAUUUUACACAAGAAAAAAACUGCACUCAGUUUAAUUAGACAAGCUGAAAAUGCAUUGAAUCAAGUUGAACAACUACUGCUUGACUUCAUUGUAAAUUCUAAAAAUAUUUCAGAAAAUUCUGAUCAUUCUGAAGAGAAUUCCGAACAAUUUGAUAGAAAUUUAGAAAAUUACUAUCAACAAUUGAAUCAUUGUACUUUAAUGCGAUUGGAUAAGAACUUUUAUCCAGAUUUGAAAAUUUUAAAAGUGUGUAUUUAUUGUUUGUACGGAAAAAUUGCAUUUGAAUGUGAGAAGCAAGUUCUAUCUUUUGAUCAAUAUAUGCAUGCAUUGAAGCUUAUCGAGGCAAUCUAUGGUUCCAAUAGCAAAGAAACAAUAUCCCUUUAUCAUGCACUUGGUCGUAUUAAAGAAUAUCAAACUAGUGAAGAUGAUAUGAAAGAAUCUUUAGGGUACUUUAAGAAAGCUUGUGAAAUUUCUAAUAAAGUGUACGGUGAAACAGAGAGUUUCAGCUCUAUGGUUGAUCUUAUUCGUUCCGUUUAUCUAUUGGGUACAGUGUACAUGAAAUUCAAUUUAAAUUUCGAUGAGAGUGAGUUGCAUGUUUGA